CGCCUCGUCCCCCACGGCAGUAAUUAAGAUUCAGCUGAAUCCAUGCAUAUUCUAAAAUAUACUGGUCCAAUACAUUUCUACCUGCAGUAUUCGUACUGAGAGUUGCAACGCUCCUCAUCACUUUCGACGUCCGUACAGCUUAGAAUAUCAGAUAUAUCAUACGUCUUGUAGUCGAGUUUCCACUUCUGGAUCCAAAAAGUUAGGCUGACGUACGCAAGUGACGUCUACAUGUCUGUGUUUCUACUGUCUGUCUUGGACUAUAAAUAUGCGUAUCAUUCGCGCUCUUCCAUAUCUCCCUCUUCAGUGCUAGAAGCAGCUUCGAAGCUUGCUCUGAGUUUCAAACUCAAAGCAAGACUUGAGGCACUGUUCUGAUACACGUCUGGAGAAUUCGGCUGUUCACACGUCAGUUUCACAUGGUGUACGCAUGAUUCACGGAGUCUGAAUCAUCUGAAGCUUCACUCGCCGGCGGCAUCCAUCUCCUUUGUCGAGAUGGUAGAAUCAUCGAUACAGCCGCAAGGCUGGGGAAGAUUCAGUGCAAAUGUUCGGCCCAAAUGGGCCUCGUACGUGUGUUCGAUGGUCAUCGUCCUGCAGUUUCUGAUGCAGAGCGCCGAGGCGGACCCAGUCCUCGGAACAAGCCGUGGCUACUGCAGGCCUGUUACCAUCGCCAACAACAAAACCCAAGACUGCUGUCUGCCAGAGCCGAAGAGGCCGCCCAUCCCGUUCAAGCUUCCCACUAAUCCUAUUAUGCGAGUGCGUAGGCCUGCGCACGAGCUGGCGCAAGAUGUGGAGUACGUGAACAAGUACAACUUGGCUUACACAAGGAUGAAGGCACUCCCCGAUGACGAUCCUCGGAGCUUCCUGAGACAAUGGCACACUCACUGCUCUUUCUGCGUGGAGGCAUUCUUGUCCAGAUAUCUCAAUGGCACUGCUACACCAUAUCCUCUCCAACUGCAUUUCAGCUGGACCUUCCUCCCGUGGCACAGGAUGCUGAUCUACUUCCACGAGAGGAUUCUGGGCAGUCUGAUCGACGACCCUGAGUUCGCUCUCCCGUUCUGGAACUGGGACAACCAGCUGGACCCGACUGCAGGACAAGUUCCUCAAAUUUUCCUCCCGUAUCCAGCGGGUUCCGCAUUCAACAAUCCUUUUCUUCACGAGGGUAAAGUCAGAAACACCAACCAUCUGCCCCCGAAGGUUCUCCCACUCGACUACAAUGCAAUUGACGAGGCGGCUGGGGUUGUCAACACCCCUGAGGAAAUCAAAGACGCCAACCUGUGCAUGGUAUGGAACAUGGUUUACAACAAGGUGAGCGCUCAAGAAUUCUUGGGUGGUAAGUACAACACCAGCGCGAACCUCGGCGCUCAAGGCAACGUAACCGUGGGUGAGUCUGGAGGCGCAGAAAGUCUCCACAACACGGCGCACGAAUGGGUGGGCAUGAUGAACAACGCCCAGUUCCCCGACAAUGAAGACAUGGGGGUGUUCACCUACGCUGGCAGGGAUCCAAUCUUCUACUCUCACCACGCCAAUGUCGACCGUCUGUGGGAUGUGUGGCAAACUCUUCCCGACAAGGUGACAGAAGAUGGAACCAGAACGAGAAAGGAGUUCGAUGACGUCGACUUCCUUGAGACAGAAUUCACAUUCUACGACGAGAACCAAGACAUGGUGAGGGUGAAGGUGAAGGAUACUCUCAGCAGUGAGAAGCUGGGAUACACUUAUCAAGAUAUGAGCGCAGCUGAUAGGCUAUGGAUCGACCACAAGCCCCAAACGAGCCGACCGAGUUUCAGAACUACUCAGAUGGCGUACUCUCCCAACGACUACCCGGAGGUGGUCCUGAACGCGAACAACACCAUCGGAAGCACUCCCGUGUGCUUCAAGCUGGCACGACGACCUCCUAACAGGGAUGAUCUGAAGGGCACACAAGUGAAGCACAUCGGCGAGUUGAGCGAGGGGCUUCUGAUUGAGAAGGUUAUGGUGCCCGAGAUGAUGUACGUGCGCUUUGAUGUGUACGUCGACUUUCCUACAGCCAACAUGGAAUCGGAUGUGGACAAGUCCGACUACGUGGGUUCGUUCACUCAUCUUCCCAGUGGAGUUACGAGCAUGAAGGACGUCACCGCCCAGGUUCCCGUGGCCGAUGAAGACUUGUUCCGCGAGCUGAACAUUCGAUUCAGCAUUGGUACAGCGCUCAGAAGGAUAGGCAUUAAGGACUACAGCACUGACAUCACGGUGACUGUUGUGCCGAAGUUCAGACCUGGUGAUGAGAACAAAACCAUCACCUUCGCCAACCUCAAGCAGGAGUUUUGUUAAGUCUUCGUUUCGGUUGUACUAAGUCCGAGAGACAGGAUUCUGAUGCCCAGGAAUCAGAGCGGUUUGAGAUCAUAGAGAGUUGUAGGUCGCCUUCCGUGAUUUUGAUAGGUAUGUGCCUUGCAUCUUACGCUCCUCUCAUCUGCCGAACUCUGGGGUCAAAAGCAGGUAUGAUUCAUGUAUUAUGUGGUACUGGGAAACGCUGGCCGUAUUCAUUCUCCAUUGAGAACAAUGUAAACUGUGAUCAAAUGCAGUCUCCAACUGCAUUUAUUGAAAUUUAUAAAUUCCAGUACCUUCAAAGCUCC